AUGUCGCGAAUAGUCAAUGAAUCGACUAUUGCCAUUGAAGAUCUGGUAUGUCCCAUAACACUUGAAGUUUUUCGUGAUCCAGUCGUUGCACAGGAUGGUCAUGCUUACGAACGAGAAGCAAUCACGAAAUGGAUACUUGAACAUGGCACGAGUCCAUUAACUCGAGAACCAUUAGAGAUUGAUCUUUUGCAAGCGGAUGAACGUCUGCGGCAGCUCUGUCAACAACGGCGAAAUUCCACAGUUUCUUAUAAUGCACGUAGUCAAACCAUCACUUUACCACCGAGCCACAAGGAGCCGAAAGUUCAAAGUUCUUCACCAAUGCAAAUCACAUCUCAAUAUUCUAGUUCAUUAAAACCAAAUGAUUCACAAUUUAGUCGACAUUUCGGUACGAAAAACAAAGCUUAUUAUUAUAAAGCAGUUUUACUAAAUGCAUCCUUUUCUGGUUCUUACCAAGUGAAAAGUAUUAGUAAAAUAGACCUCUAUGGAUAUUUAUACUCGGGAUAUUUUGUGUCUAAAAUGCCAUCAGUUAAUCUACUUCAAUAUGAUGAUGAUAGUGGUGGAAAUCAGCAAUUUCUUUUUGAUGCUUGGUUGACACCGGAUAAUUAUACACUAGUGGUCACAACAUAUAGCGGAAAUGUCACGGGACCGUUUUCGCUUGCAAUCACUGGUCCAGGAACUGUUGUUUUCUCCAUAAGAUAG